AUGGAAGAUCCUAAGUCUCUUAGGCAUAUGUUUACAACAGAGUUGCUGGGAAUAUUCUUUUUAAUAUUUGCUGGAGGUGGUACAAUAACUACAGAUCGCUACAACGAUAAUGUAGUGACAGUACCAGGAAUUGCUGGUCUUUGGGGAUUUACAAUGUCCAUAUUUGUAUCCAUUCUUGGUUUUACAUAUGGUGCUCAUUUUUGUAAUUUAAUCACAAUUCUUCAUGUAAUUUUCAAAAGUCCUCCAUUAAUGCAGGUACCAAUACAUGUAGUUGCUCAAGAUGUUGGCUCAAUUUUUGCAACCGAUAUUCUCAAACUUAUAUUUAGUGAGAAUAAAAAUCGUUUUGUGGGAAUAGUACCUGCGGGUUCUAACCUUCAAAUUUUUGUUAUAGAAUUUAUAAUCAGUUUCUAUACUUUGUUCAUCAUUCUUGGAGUUUUUAUUGAUAGAAGAAAGAUCCGUGAAUUAGUUGGACAGAUAAUUGGAGCCACACUUAUUUUUAGUGCGUUGUUUGUUGGGUACUGA